CCACUUUCUGCUGUGUCUCGGAMAAACCGGUAAGAAACCCAAGUUAAUGUCUUAGUUUCAAACUUUAAAAUGUGUCACUUACAUUUGCUUUUUUAUCUUUUACAGUCCAUGGGUUUAAGAUCAUACAUGGAGGAAUAGCUCCAAAGAACUCAAUGCAGUACAUGGUCUCAAUACAAAACAAAAGUAAUUUUCAUCAGUGUGGAGGAUUUCUCAUCUCAGAGGACUUUGUGGUCACUGCUGCACACUGUGAUGAACCAGAAUCACCGAUACAUCAAAUUCUUCUGGGAAGCCACAAUCUCAAGGUGUCGAAUAGAUUAUUAAAAAAUAUUGACUAUAAAUGCAAGCCCUCAACUUACAGAAAGCCUGGACUUGGUGAUGACAUAAUGCUUCUUAAAUUGUCUGGGAGAGUGCAUCAAAGCAACAGAAUAAGAGCAGUUCCACUUCCAACAUCUAAGAUGAACCUGAAAGAAAAUGAAAAAUGCUCUGUGGCUGGAUGGGGACGGAUUUCAACCUUCUCGUCUAAUGUUGAUGAUCUGAGAGUGGUGAAUGUGUCCAUCAUUAAUCCAAAUAUCUGCAAAAAGGAGUGGGGUUACCUUCCUUCCAAAGUGAUUUGUGCUGGYGGAUAUAAAACAUACCAGGGAUUCUGUCAGGGUGACUCUGGUGGGCCUCUCGUGUGCCAAGGGAAAGCUGUUGGGGUUGUGUCUUUCAACUAUUAUGCAAAUUGUGACUACCCAAAUAAGCCUAAUGUCUACACAGAUCUUUCUGAAUUCCUACCAUGGAUCAACAAGAUUCUGAGAGAAAAGAAGUGUGUGUGAAAUGUAAACUCAGGCAUGACUYGUCUUAUUUUAGUCACUUCUGCAUUUAAUCUGAA